UUAUUACUUGACUGAGGUAGAAAGCUAAAGUGAACUGCGAGAACACUGGACGAUAGAAACAUUCUUUUACUUUGACCGUUGAAUAUGGAAUAAACAAAAUAACUAUUUUGUGUUUGACCGGAUAGUUAACUUUCAAGGUAUAAUCUUAAAGUAUAUAGGUCUUGGCUCACAGAAUGACAAGUGAACUGAAUGGAAAUGUUGGUUCCGUACCUCACCUGAACGCGAGUCAGAAUGAGAAUGACAGAGUGGACCAGUAUGGAUUUGAGCUUUCUGAGCAGGCUGGCUCCAACGAGGAGGUAAUGAAUGAAUAUGUGGCGGUACUUUCUAGAAGGUCUGCAAGGUGGUCGAAGCUCCUGAAGAGGAAAGAUCAGGUGGAGAAAAACACAAAGGGUGAGAGGCCCUCAAUAGCACACACUGUCAAACCUCUGGCAAACUCCAACGCCACAGUCAAAGGAAUCAUCCAAACACACACGCUGAUAUUUUCCGGUAUUUGGGCUGUGAUACCCCCACCACCACCUCCCUUCGUAGUGAAGCGCUUUGUGCGUAAAGGCGUGCCCAAAGAGCACCGGGCGAGGAUCUGGAUGGCGAGCAGCGGGGCCCAGGAGCAGCUGGAAAAGAACCCAGGUUACUACCACUCUCUACUGGCCGCGGAGCAUGAGGCCAAGCUGGAGGAGACCAUUCGCACAGACAUGCACAGGACAUUUCCAGACAAUGUGCAGUUCAGGAACACUACAGAACCUUGUCUCCAGAAGGCCCUGUUCAAUGUGCUGCUGGCCUAUGGCCACCACAACCAGGCUGUGGGGUACUGCCAGGGCAUGAAUUUUAUUGCAGGUUACCUUAUUAUAGUCACUAAGGAUGAAGAGAAGUCCUUCUGGCUGAUGGAUGCCUUGCUGGGCAGGAUACUCCCUGACUACUACUGCCCUGAUAUGCUGGGUCUGAAAACAGACCAGGAGGUUCUAGCAGAGCUGCUGCAGGAGAAAGCCCCAGCCGUGUCUGAGGGUCUGGGCCAGUAUCCUGGCAUCUGGACCCUGGUUCUGUCCCGCUGGUUCAUCUGCCUCUACAUAGACGUUCUACCCGUGGAGACGGUUCUGCGUAUCUGGGACUGCCUGUUCUACGAGGGUUCUAAGAUCCUGUUCCGCGUGGCCCUGACCCUGAUCCUACACCACCAGGCGGAGAUCCUGGCCGCACGCUCUCUGCCUGAGGUGUGUGAGUGCUUCAAAGCCAUCACCAGGACACAGUUCACAAUGGACUGCCACACCUUCAUGCAGAAAAUCUUCACAGAACCUGGACGUCUCUCCAUGGCAACCAUAACCAACCUGCGCAAGACCUGCCAACAACAUAUUUUGUCUGAGGAGUCCAAGUUGAAACCUUAACCCCUUGACCUCACUUCCUGUGCACUCGGUGGUUAAGCCAAACUGUCUCUCAUUAGCUGGCAUCGUUGUCACACACGUGACAUAUUUCACACUUCCUUCUUAAGAGUCCAUUGUUAUGAGACUGAUUAAGCUUAGUCUAGAUCUAGAACUGAGUGGCCAUCUGUGAUGAAUCUCAGUUUAUUUAACAUGUGUAUCUUAUGUAUGAAGUUCUUAUACAAAUAUGAAUGCAUAAGUCUAGGACUAGGUUUACUCUGUGGAAGAGUAUCAAGGUGAGCGCUUUAGACAAUCUGGUACGCUGUCCAGUGGCACUUAUCUCCUCUGUGCUUGAUAGUGCCAGCGUCCUGUAUGUCUGGUACUACACUGACAGGAGUCCAACGUCCUGCCUUCUGACUGCAGAAAUGACAGCUGUCAAAUCCAUGAUGUAGUGUGAGUGUGGGGUUGAUUACCUGCUGUAGUUCUUCUGCAGAUGAGACCAGAAAAUGACUCAGGAUCUGACUUCUUUGAGGUCAUCUACUGUAGCUUUUCUUUAUCUUGUGAAAUAGGAUGGUUUUUUUGUACGCUUUUGUAUGAGUGAAGAUGUUCAUUCGGUAAAUGUCUGUAGCAGUGCUUUGGAAAUGAAAGGAUCUCUAAUAUUACUGAAGAUGUUGUCUUAUGACCCAGAAGGAGUGUGGUCUCUGAUCCAAUAAAGUGCUGUUCACUCAUGGUGA